AUGGAGUCUGCUACCUCUUCUAAGCGGCAACGAGUUGGUAAUGUACAACGUGCGGCGAGGGAUACAGAGGAUGAGGAGGAAGCGAAGAUGAUUGAUGUACGGAGUGUGAACAAAGAUUUGGAUAUUGAUUCCAAAAUAGCUGCUCUCAAGGUGGUAAGAAUUUUCUGUAGAUGCUCGGGGACGGUCGUAGAAUGUGAGCGCAAACAAGAGAGUGGCGGCGGGGGUGGCGGCGGUGAAUUUGUUGCUACCAUCCUCACUUCUGCUAACCUUCUCAGAUUUCCUUCUUAUUCUAGAUAUACUUUUUUGGCCCCUGACAUCACCGUUGAGGUUUAUUUAUCAAAGGGCAAGCCAUUGAAGGGACAAGUUCUUGGGUAUGAUUUCCACUACAACCUUGCCAUCAUUCAAAUCACAACCGACUAUCCCCUUCCUACAGCAAUUCUCACAGACAUAGAUGUUUCGAUGCCUCUAACUCCUACACCUCUGCUCACUGAUUCAAAACCAUUUGGCCUUCGUCCUCAUACGGUAGAUUCAAGUUUGUUUAAGCUCCGUGGCGGUGACAAGGUAAUAGCCUUGGCCCGAACUCUUACCUGCCAAUGUCUUCUAGUUGAAUCUGGCACGUUAAGUAUCUAUAAGAGCAGCGGGCUUCAUUGUCAAGAGCUCCUCUACACUUCUUGCAAGACUACUCAAGUUUAUAUUGGUGGGCCUAUUAUAAAUUGUGAUGGAGAGGUCAUUGGGAUUGUUUUGCAUUAUGAUGGCUAUGCUGCUUUUUUGCCCAUCAACAUAGCUUCUAGAUGCUUGCAGCUUUUAAAGAGAGACAGAACAGAAAGGAGAAGGGAAUUGGUAAUAGAAGAGAGGAGUUAUGGGUAG